GGGCUGUACAAACCCAGCGUGGUGCACCGCGACCUCAGCAGCCAGAACGUCUUGGUGCGCCAGGACGGCACCUGCGCCAUCGGGGAUUUCGGGCUCGCCAUGGCGCUGCCGCCCCGCGCUCACAGCAGCAGCGGGCAGGGAAUGGCUCACAUCCGCAGGGCGGGCACCCAGCGCUAUUUGGCCCCGGAGAUCCUGGAUGAGAGUCUGGACCUGCGUUCCUGGGGCCGCGCGCUGCUGCAGGCUGAUGUCUACGCCUUGGCGCUGCUGCUCUGGGAGAUCCUGUCACGCUGUCAGACCCUCAGCCCCGGCGUUCCGGUGCCGGAGUUCCGCCUGGCUUAUGAGGCCGAGUUGGGGGGCAGCCCCACAGCAGCGCAGCUCCGGCGUUUGGCGGUGGAGGAGCGGCGGCGCCCAUUGAUCCCCCCAACGUGGCAUCGCACAGCGCAG